CCCCUUUCAUUUUUUCAUUUGAUUCGUCAUCCUCAGAAAUCCGAAUACAAAAUUCUCUCCAACCCUAUGCUGAAUUGACGAAGCUUAAACUUAACAAUGUUACGCAGGUCCAUUUUACAACUCGCAUCUCGUAGUACAGUUUCUAGGGUUCCAUUGCAGACGACGACCCAGACACCUUCAUAUCUAUCUUCGAGAAGAGCGUUUUCUUCGCUCCAAAAGAAUGGACCGCCCAAGCCUGAUAUAGGCAGCACUGCCCCUAAAACGCAGAAUCGUUUCCCGAAAGUUCUCGUCGGAGGCUUAAUAUUGACUCCUUUUGUUGUGGCUGCUUACUAUUUCGAAGCUAUUGAAAAGUAUCUUGUCAAAGACCAGCAAAGCAUCAGUGAAUACACCAAGGCUCAGAUUUCUGAUACGAUCACACAGAAGUCUACAGAACAGCAAAAUUCUCACAAUCAAGCUAGUGAAUUAAGUCAACCCAUUGCUGAUAACAGCUCAAAGGAAUCGGAUGUGUCGAGGUUUGAUGCAAAUGAGGUUAAGCAAGAUUUUGAAACGCAUCCAAUUGCCGAUAACAGCUCAAAGGAAUCAGAUGUAUCAAGUUUUGAUGCAAGCCAUGUCAAGCAAGACUCCGAAACACAUCCAGAUCUUAAUGUUUCAGAUGAUUUAAUCAGAACUGAACAAGAUAAAAGUUUCCAGACAAAAGAUACGGCUGUUCAGACACCAGAAAAUGUUGAUCAUGUUCAAGGGAGUGAUAUGGCUAAUGUUUCUCAAAGCAGCGUCUCAUCACAUGAUGUAACUAGUAAACCUGAUGAGGAGCAGAACAAGGUUAUCGAAGUCGCACCAAAUUUCACAUCAGCAGAGAAAGCUCUUGCAGAAGUUGAGAUCAAGUCUCUUCCGACGGAGCAAACCACCACUCAAGACAUGCAAGAGGUUGUUCAGGAUGACGGAACACAAACAUCUAGUUCCCUCCUUGACGAUUACCAUUUAAAAGACAACUCUGAAGAAUCUGCUACAUCUUCAUCCAACAUAGUUAAGGAUAUAAGUCCAGCAGUAGAGGAUGUACAUGAUGGUUACAUAAACAAGGAUGGGAAAUUGGUUCUUGACUUCUUGCAAGCCAUUCAUGCUGCUGAGGAAAGACAAGCAGAGUUGGAUGCUCACUUUUUUGCUGAAGAGAAGAGAGCAAUGAAGGACAAGUAUGAAAAAGAACUCAAGGAUGCAAGGGUCAGGGAACUCAUGUAUGCUGAGAGAGAAGCCAUUCUGGAUAAGGAAUUAUCUAAAGAAAGAGUUAAAUCAGCUGCUACUCUCAAAUCUCUUCAAGAAAAAUUAGAGGAGAAACUCUACACAGAACUCGAGCAGAAGGAAAUGGAAGUGGAACAAAAACUAAAGCAAAUGCGUGAUAUAGCUAAAGCCGAAUUGGCUGCAGCAAUUGCAAGUGAGAAGGCUUCCCAGAUUGAGAAAAUGGCUGAAGCGAAUCUUCAUAUACAUGCUUUGUGCAUGGCAUUUUAUGCACGAUCUGAAGAAGCUCGCCAGAGUCACUCUGUCCACAAGCUUGCCCUGGGAGCAUUAUCAUUGGAAGAUGCACUAUCCAAAGGGCUGCCAAUAAAAAAGGAAAUAGAGGCUCUCCAUGCUCAUCUUGAAGGCAUUGACAACGACUCGUUUAUAGCUCUGGUUCUAUCUUCGCUCCCUGAAGAAACCCAAAAGUAUGGAACAGAUUCUGUAUCCCAAUUGAAUCACAAGUUUGAUACCUUGAAGGGAACACUGAGGCACUUCAGUCUACUUCCACCAGGUGGUGGUGGGAUAUUGUCACAUUCAUUGGCUCACGUUGCUUCUUUGUUAAAGGUCAAGGAGGUGGAUGAAUCAGGUGAUGGAAUCGAGUCUCUGAUAAAUAGAGUCGAGAACUUGUUAGCACAGGGAAAGCUAUGUGAAGCUGCAGAUACACUCGAAAAGGGGGUCAAAGACAGCCAAGCAGCAGAAGUUGUUCAAGAAUGGGUUAAUCGAGCAAGAAACCGAGCUAUCACAGAGCAAGCUUUGACCGUUUUGCAAUCCUACGCCACUCUAUCAGCCUAAUACAAGCGGUGAUUAAAUAUCAACACAUUUGACUCUAAUUUUUGUUAAAAAGAUUUUAUCGGGAUUUUUUUUGGGCAUGAAGAAGAAUCUCACGGUUUCUGAAAGCAACGGCAGCAUUUUUUUCUUUCUCUCUUCUAUGGCUGUCCCGUUGUUUACAGUGAUGCAAAUAAAUUUCGUUUUAUUUUUUCCUUUCAAAAGCCGUUUACAUGGCUGGUUUUAGGACAAAAAAAUGAAACAACUGACUGUUAAGUUCAGUUUGGUUCUGAUUUUCAUAAUCCCCAUGAGGAGAAACACUUGAUUUUGAUAUUUGAUAUAUGACGAAAUGCCUAUGAUGGUAGAUACAGUAGAACAUCGAUAAAUUAAUAAUUUUGUUUAAAUAAUAAUAUCUUCUGGU